AUGUUGGAAGAAGAGGUAAUGAUGUCUCAAGCGCAAAUUAACGCAAGGCUUCAAGUUCCCGGAGAAAUAGUUUAUUCCAGGUCAUCAUCAUUGCAAAAACAUGAGCAAGCAAGUGAAUUAGAACAGACCAUCACUCAGCUAAUAGAGUCUAAAUACCAAAAAAUUCAAUAUACGAUGUCUUUUCCGAACCUUGCUAUACCUCCAAAUUAUUCAAAUGAUAUGAUCAUGCCAAGAAGAACUGCAGUAAGUUUUCGUGAGAGACCAAAGGUAUCCUCACCACUUCAUUCAAGAACAGAUCAUCGGUAUCGUUCACAUUCUUAUCCAGAACCAUCGCCAUUUAUUAUUUAUAUGGAACCAAAUCCUCCUCCCUCCUCACCUUUAUCAACUGCAUCAAAGCAUCCCGUUCCCAUUGUAUAUCCUGCAUUAAUAUCAAGAGUUGCUGAAGCAUUUCGAGCCAGAGUCAUUCUGUCAAAUAGAAUGAAAGAUGAUAUAGAGUAUAAUUUUUGUUUUGAUGGUAGAGAAGCUGUGGAUAAAAUAGCAUUUAUAAUUAAAACUACAGAUAGAAACUUGGCAUUAUUACUUGGACGUGCCUUAGAUUCUCAAAAAUUUUUUCAUGAUGUAACUUAUGACCACCGUCUUCGAGAUUCUCCAAAUGAGUUUCGCGGUUCAUUAUCAGACAAAAAGGAUCAAAAAUUAUGGAUUCAUUCAGUACCCCCAGAAAUUGCAAACUCAGUAUCAGAUCAAGAAAAGAAGCGUCAAGAAGCUAUAAACGAAGUGAUAUAUACCGAAAAAGAUUUUGUUCGUGACAUAGAAUAUUUAAAAAAUUGUUGGAUAACGCCACUUUUAGCACAAAAUAUUAUUCCCGAGUUUCGACGAGAAAAAUUUAUUCGAGAUGUUUUUCAUAAUAUUAUGGAAAUUUAUAAUGUCAAUUCACAAUUAGCCGAUGCAUUACAAAAACGUCAAAAUUCAUAUGCGAUUGAUGCUGAACGUCGUCCUGAAUCAAGAAAAUUAGAACUUAAUGGAUACCUUACAAAACCUACUACACGUCUUGGUCGAUACCCAUUGCUACUUGAAGCUGUUCUCAAACAAACUCCAAGAGAUAAUGAUGAUCGUGUUAAUUUGCAAAAAGUUAUUACUAUAAUUAAAAAAUUUUUAUCAAGGGUUAAUGUGGAAUCUGGUAAAUCAGAGAAUAGAUUUCAUUUACAACAAUUAAACGAUCAACUAGCUCUUAAAGGAACAGAACACGAGGAAUUAAAUCUCACCGCAGAAGGACGACAAAUAAUUUUUAGAGGUGCUUUGAAAAAAAAAACUGACAAUUCUGAUAUACAAGUGUUUUUAUUUGACCAUGUUUUGUUGAUGGUAAAAACAAAAAUUGUUAGUAAAGUUGAACAAUAUAGAAUUUACAGAAGGCCAAUUCCUCUAGGGUUUUUGAGUCUUCUUGUCAAAGAAGGGGCAACAGAAGGAAGCCGUAAAAUACCUCAAUCUCUUUUACAAGUUAAAAAUCCAAACAAUUCACAAAAAGGAACUGACCUUUCAAUAAAUUUUACUUAUCUCGGAAGGAGAGGAUAUUCAAUAACAUUAUAUGCAUCAACACCUUUUGUUCGAAAGAAUUGGAUUCAGAACAUUUAUAAACAAAAAGACCAUUUAAAUGAAGAGACAAAGGUGUUUGAAAAGACUGUGCUGUUAGGCAAAAAAGUUUUUAUUGGAUCAAAUAAUAUAAAUUGUGCAUGUUUUUUUGAUCAUUAUCGUAAAUUAGCUCUUGGUACAGACAAUGGAGUUUAUGUGCAUGUAAUUGGUCAAGAUGCUAAAAAUGUAGUUCAAAUAUUAAAAAUGGAAAGAGUUUCUCAAAUUGAUAUUCUCGAAGAUUAUCGAUUAUUAUUAGUGUUGGCAGAUAAAAAUUUUUAUACUUAUCCUAUGGAAGUAUUGGAUCCAAAUGAUGCCACUCAGGCCAGUAAACGUUCAAGGAAGAUUAUUACUCAUGCUAAUUUUUUCAAGUCAGGUACUUGUCUCAAUAAACAACUCGUAUCAGUUGUACGGUCAAAUGCUCUUAAUUCAACUAUUAGACUAUUUGAACCUGAACAAAUCAAGGUUAACAAAAACAAAGGAAUGUUUAAAGAUUUCUUAAAAGUAAACGAUCCCCUUAAAUUAUACAAGGAAUUUUGCAUACCUACACCAUCAACUUCAAUACAUUUUCUUAGUAAAAGGUUGUGUGUUGGAUGUGCUAAAGGGUUUGAGAUGGUAGAUAUAAACUCUUCAGAUACACAAGCUUUAUUAAAUCCAAAUGAUACUACGUUGGAUUUUGUACAAAAAAAAGAAAAUAUUAAACCUAUAGCAAUUUAUCGUAUAAGUGGUGGAAAAUUUUUAUUGUGUUAUGAUGAAUUUGCAUUCUUUGUAAAUAAGGAUGGAUAUCGUACAAGAGAAGAUUUUCUAAUAUGUUGGGAAGGAAUACCGACUUCAUUUGUUCGUCAUGCAGAUUCAGGUCUUCUUGAACAGAUUAUUGAAGGUCAUAAUUUACGUUGCCUUUGUGAUUCUCGAGGACGAAUACUAGUAGUCACAAAUGAUCCCGAGUCGGACAGUUCAGAAGUUUUCUCAUUAAAACUUGUUGAAAAUGGAAGAGUAUCUCAAACAGCUAGCAUUACUAAUUUGAAUGGGUAUGAAUAUGCAAAUAGAACUAAUUUUGAAAAAGAUAGAUUUAUGGCAUUACAUAAUGGAUAUGAUUAA